AUGCCUGUAAGCUUUAAAUAUUGGGAUGACUGCUUGGAUCCAGAUGAUAUUCAAUUAAUGUGGGCAGAUCCUCAUGUAAGUAAAGAGUGGAUUGAUGCUGGGGAAGAACAGGGACAGAAAGUUCACCUAUCACGGGAUCCUGAUGGCGAGGCAUAUCUGACACAAACUGAAAUUAUGGCAGUUGCUGCAAUUACUGUUCAGAGGCAUUUCAAAUCACAGCUAGACCCGUAUAUGAUAGGUGCCCUUGCAGAAAUUGCGAGUGGAAGGAGGCUCUUUGUGGAUGACUAUGAUCGCAAGACUAAGGAGACUAAGAUGGGCAUAAUGCAGGUGACACCAGAAGUUGCUCAAUGGCUUGGCAGGGAACUGGGUUACAAGAAUUAUGACAUUGAACUUGAAGACAAUAUUGAUUUGCUCUACUGGCCUUUUAUAAAUGUCUACUUUGGCGCUGCUUAUGCAAAGUGGCUCUUCUCAUGUGAUGAAAAAGAAAGAACUGAAGAAUUUGUCGUUAGAGCUUACAAGGGAGGCAGAAAGAAAGCUACUCACAAGUCAUCUGCCCCCAUUUUCGAACGUUAUCUUUAUGUGAAAGAGACCUUGCUCUCUAUGAGACAACCAGACAGUUUCAAUGAGCUCGCUCCUGAUCUCCUAGAAAAUUCCUCAACUGCAGGAACACAGCUGGUAUAUUGGGAUUCCAAAGUGUCAGAGGAAGAUAUGGGUGGAAUGUGGAGUCAGCCUGACGUGUUGAAGGAGUGGACAAAUUCUGGCGAGCGGCGUGGAAAUGUCAGAUUUUCGCAUGAUGCCAAGAAGAGACCGUAUCUUUCUCGAGUUGAGGUCAAGGCUGUUGCUGAAAUAAUCAUAUCUCGCCAUUUCAGCUCAAGAGGAGUAAAGCCGGAAGCCCUAGCUGCUCUUGCAGAGGUGAGCAGUAUGCGCUUUGUCCAUGGAGUACGUUCUCGGACAGGAUUGAUGGGAAUAGAUUACCCUACUGCUGCAUGGCUUUCCAGAGAUUGUGGCUAUACGGCAUACACAGUGAGCUCGGUGGAUGAUCUCUACAAUCCAUUUGCAUCCAUGUACUUUGGAGCAGCUUACUUGGGAUGGUUGUCACGAUAUGAAGGAAGGGAGAGGAGCCAUGAAUUCAUUGUUCAAGCUUAUCUUGGGGGACCAGACAAAGUUAACCUUCAGGAAACUGGACCAUAUUGGAAGAAAUUUCUGGAGGCUUUAGUACACUAUGAAGAUCCGAAGAAGGACCAGACGAGCUGCUGUAUUUUGUAA